AUUUAUAUUGAGUACGAACUUCGGGAGGGAAACCAUGAUCGAGCCAAAGUGGUAUUCUAUCGCGCUAUUCGAGAGUGUCCUUGGGCUAAAGAUCUGUACUUGAUGGCUUUUGACGUAUUAUACCAUGAAAUGAACGAACAGGAACUGCACCAAAUAUUAAGUUCGAUGAUGGAGAAGGAACUGCGCAUUCGCACGGCUGCAGAAGCGUUUAUGGACAUGGAAGAUUGAAGGUUCCUAAACUGCCAAAAGAGCUUUGUUUUAAAAAACACGCACACACCAUGCCUUCCAAAUGUGGCGCCUUUCUCCGUGUGUUAACUUUUCUGGUCACGGACAUGAGCUCACUAACAAUAUAAUAAAUGGCUCCAUUCUCUUCUCAACUCGUCAUGUCUCUCAUUCACUUGGUCUCAUCAUGGCUCUUCAUGCUUGGAUGCCAUUGACCGAUAAUGCCAAAAGUGAAAAUGAUGCAUUUUUUAAUAGUCCCAGUCCUCCUUCGGCUGUACACCUUGCUCUGGCAGGCUUUCGCGGUUCUUCCGCACCGCCUGUGCUGUAUCGAGCUUCCAAGCCAAGCACCUUUUCAUAUUUUCGAUCAGGCAAAGUACGACCGGCUUCGUCUUUUGCAGAAAGUGGCCCUCACAGUCAAAGGACUUGGAAGUCAGACCACGAAACUCAUUUGUUUGUUGGAAAAAAAUACCGUCAUACCCCAGCAUCAUCUGAGUAUGAUAGUUUGGUUCCAACAUCUGGACGAUCGAGUAUGGACACGAUAACAAAAGAGUUAUCCAUUGGACAGCCGUAUCGCUACUCUUCCCAAAGGACUUCUUCCCAACUCUCGGUGGAUGGGAAAAAGGCGUCUCAGCGCUAUAGUGUAACCAUCCAGCAUGCAUCCGAAGACGAAAAAACUUACAUCAGCUUCAGAGAAACCAGACCAAGCGAUGCCGAACAUCUAAGUCCGUAUGCUGCUCACCCGUCACACGAAGUAUCCAGGCCAUGGUCAUUUCCAUACUUUCUACCCAUGCCCCUGAAGCGCGUGCUCACCCGACACACUUGGACAGACUGUGAUGAUCCACAGUCAAUGGAGGAAGAAUACAGCCAGUAUUCGACCACCCCGAGAUCAACCGAUUAUCAACCAUUUCUGAGGGAUAGCCCUGAUAUUCAGCAGCACCGAGGUUUAGCCCUAGAAAUUUGGAAAAGCUUUUCAACUGAAACGUCGUCAGUUCCAAGUUCCAUGCGGAUCGGUACUGGCAUGCAUCGCAGGCUUCCCACAGUGUCCUCAUUAUCAGUCAGCGAAGCAUCCUGUCCAAUUGCUCAAGCCACGAGAAAUAUCAUAUCUUCACAGCGACAAAUGAUUGACAUCGAUGCCAUUGAAAAGGGUUACUCAUAUAAUUCAACCCCGCCAGAGGAUGCGUUUUGGAGCAUACAGACAAUACUGUUUCUCUUUGGCUUUCUGGCUUUCCCGUGCUGGUGGAUAGGAGCCUUUGCUCCUUCGGAUCCAGAUGUCCUUAAAGCGUACAACGUCAGCUCCGUUCAAUAUAACCACGAUCCCAUCCACUACGGCUCAACUACCCGACACUUACCACCCUCCCCUAGCAUUGUAAUUAGACCUAUCCACCAACAGCGUGUUACCGCUAAAUCAACCAUGAAGCAAAACUUUCAGCAGCUUAAUAGAGUCAUGACUGGAGUGAGCAUGGUUGUCGGCCUGCUAGUCGCUGGCUUGCUCAUAUGGUACAAGCUGGACAUUGAUAAAUAGUGCAGAGAAUCUAGUGUGAAAUAUUAUCAUUGUAAUUAGAGAAUAAAUGUAUUUAGUAGCCAUUGAAGAAUACCUUUGAGAGGUCUAUUCUUCAAAUGAGCACACCUCA